AUAAAAGCUUGUGCAUUUCUAGCUGAAGCACUGAAAGCUUGGGCGGACGACAGAUAGGGACGUUGCCAGCCAAGAAGUAUGGGGAAGUUUCCGAGACUGCUUCUCCUGACUGUCCUGGUUCUCCCAGCAUGUGCUUCAACUUGCACGACUCGUUGGUUCGACCGGGAUGACCCUUCAGGAGUGGGUGACUUUGAAACUCUUGCUGACCUGAGGAGGGAAUAUCCCAUGGACAUUUGCCCUAAACCCAUUGGAAUUGAAGCUCAGACUGUGGAGGGAACCCCAGCGUCCAGCACUGGACAGAUCUUUCAUCCGUUUAACCCUAAAGAAGGAUUUGCUUGUGUAAAUAAGGAGCAGAACUAUUCCUGCUUGGAUUACAAAGUCCGCUUCACCUGUCCCUCGAACUUCUGCUCAGCUUCAACUUGCACGACUCGUUGGUUCGACCGGGACAACCCUUCGGGAGUGGGUGACUUUGAAACUCUAGCUGACCUGAGGAGGGAAUAUCCCAUGGACAUUUGCCCUGAACCCAUUGGAAUUGAAGCUCAGACCAUGGAGGGAACCCCAGCAUCCAGCACUGGGCAGAUCUUUCAUCUGUUUAACCCUAAAGAAGGAUUUGCUUGUGUGAAUAAGGAGCAGAAGUAUUUCUGCUUGGAUUACAAAGUCCGCUUCACCUGUCCCUCGAACUUCUGCUCAGGAUGCAUGACCCAGUGGUUUGAUCGGGAUGAUCCAUCAGGAAGGGGAGACUAUGAACUCCUUUCCAAUUUGCGGAGCGAAUACCCUGGAAAGAUUUGUGCUGAGCCCCUUGCAAUCAACGUACAGACUCUGGAUGGGAUUCCUGCCCUGAAGACAGGGCAAAAGUUCUCAGUGUAUGACCUCACUCAAGGCUUUGCCUGUGUCAAUGAUGAGCAAGAACCUGGUCGGUCCUGCCAUGAUUACAGGGUCCAGUUCACAUGCCCAGGAUCCUUCUGUUCUGGUGAGUUCCACUAUGAGUUGAUAGGAUAUUCUCUACUGGGAGGGAGUGGGCAGUGGGGAUGGCAAACCUCCUUAAUGAUUGUUUUGCCAAAUAAUAAUAAUAAUUUAUUAUUUAUAUCCCGCCCACCUGGCUGGGUUUCCCCAGCCACUCUGGGCGGCUUCCAACAAAGUAUUAAAAUACAGUGGUCUGUUAAACAUUAAAAGCUUCCCUAAAGAGGGCUGCCUUCAGAUGUCUUUUAAAAGUCUGGUAGUUGUUCUUCUCUUUGACAUCUGGUGGGAGGGCGUUCCACAGGA